UGGCACGUAUAAAGCGACUCACACAGCAGAAAGAGAGGUACUUGGAGUCGGAGCUUUAGUCCUCGCCAGACGACAUGGCUUGGGCGGUGUACCUCCUGGUCGGGUCUGUUCUGGGCGUUACCUGGUCCGUCUCCGCACAAGGGACCAACGCUACGGGUGAUAUCGGCCCCAGAACAGUUAUUGUGGGCGCCAUUGAGCACCCCGGGUUCCUGCACAAGAGAGAAGAUGGGACGUUCGAGGGGUUCCAUGUGGACCUCAUGACGGAACUGUCGGACCUCAUCGAUUUCGACUUCGUCAUCAAGGAACCUGCCGACAUGAAGUACGGGUACCUGCGGGAGGACGGGACCUGGACUGGCAUGGUCGGGGAGCUUGUCAGAAGGGAACUAGACAUGGCUCUGGGGUUGACUAUCACCUCCAGGAGGGAAAGAGUCAUCGACUUUAGCGCCGUGGUGGUGGACGAACGACUGGAGAUGUUGGUCAAGAAACCUCCGACCGCAAGAAAGGAAUUUUGGCCAUUGUGGACAGAUAUCAUGCCCAUUCCCGUAUGGCUGGUGGUCAUGGGGUCGUUUCUCCUGGCCGCCAUCGUCAUGUUCGUCAUCAUUCGGGUCAGUCCGUACGAGAAUCGGGCGUACUCGGCAGAGGUCGGCGAGGCGAGCCGACUGUCUACCUUCGGGCACAGCCUGUGGAUCUGCUACAGCGCGAUGAGCUGGCAGGGGGUGGACUACUCGCCCCGAUCGGUGUCCGGGCGCUUUCUCUUCGUCUUCUGGUUCGGCUUCAUCGUCUGGACACUCAUCCUGAUCACAGGCGCCAUCGCAGGGUUCUUCCUAGCCAGUCCUGUCGCUUUAUCCGUGGCCCCCAUCGAGUCCUUCGAUGAUCUGGCGGCAACAGACGGCAUACGGCCGGCCUUCUACGGCGGAGGAGCAACCGAAGUGUAUUUCAAGAGCUUUCCGUCCUUCCAACGUCUCUAUCAGAGGGCGAUUCGGGUGAGCUCCACGGAUGAGGGGUUGGAGCUCGUGCGCAGGGGAGGAGUGGCCUUCAUCAGCGAGGCAACCAUUUCCCAAUUCUACAGCAACCGGAAGCCGUGUGAUCUGAUGGCCAUCCACGACGGCAACACCGAAUCGACAAGGUACCUGGCUAUCGGACUGCCGGUGGGGUCUCCCUUCAGGGAGGUGAUCAACAUCGCCAUCAUGCAGCUGAGGGAGAGUGGCAGACUGCACUUCCUGUACAGGAAAUGGGUUACUUCCGGGGAGUGCACUCCGCCCGACAGUUUUGCGAAGACCCGUCCUGCCAGUUUUCAGAGGCUGACCACCUCGGACCUCAUGCCGGUGUUCAUCGAGCUUGUUGUGGCCGCCAUCUUGGCGCUGUGCAUCAUGGGAAUCGAGGUGAAAUGGGACAAGCGCAGGGCUAAGGUAAGUCUCAACAGAACGUCCUCUUCAAUGCUGCUCAAUUAUAGAUUACAAAAUUACUAG